AUGCCUCCUCUUUCGAUGGGAUUCCUGAGGCGUUGCCUCGGGCUGUCGUUGCUGUUCUUUACGGCCACUGAAGCCUUUGUAACAGUUCCGAGCCACCGUCAUUGUUCUGGCAAAGGAUUGGCAGAGCAACCACCAGCUGUUCCAUCAUCUGCCUUGCAAAUGGGUGGAUUCUUUGAUGGUAUCCAAAACUUCUUUUCGGAGUAUGGCAGUGGUGACAACCAUGACAGUAACAACAAUGGGAACAGCGAGGACGAUUAUGCCACUGAGAAUCGCGUUGUAACCAUUCCGGUUCGAGCCAUCAAACCCGGAGGGUUGCGUUUGUUCUUGAUGUUUUAUUUAAUGGGGAUGCAGAAUACACCCCACAGAAAUGCGUGGAAAGCGGAUCAACCGUCUCGAGAGGACUAUGUUAUUGAUUUCUACUUUCACGAUCGAACGGCCAUGCUGACCAUCGAGUUGCAGGAAGACGAGAUUACCAUUGAUCGUAUUGGUUCGGUUCCUUCGACGGCGUAUUCGAUGCAAGAAACCGUGAUUGUGGAGGGAUUGUUGGAUGAACUGCAUCAGUGCGCAUUUGAUGAGUCGAUUGAUGAAGAGAACCGUCUAUUGCAACUGUCGGAACCAAAAGAUGCCAUUGAACAGGCUCGUACGGCCUUGUCGUUUGGAUAG